GCUACAAAUAAAAAAUCAGGAUACGAGCGCGAAUCCGCCGCUAUCGCUUUUCAAUCCAUUGCUACCAUUCUUGGCGCACCUGUCGCCCCUCUUUUGCUUCCCUCCUUGCCCAUUAUUUUCGACCUCUACAUGGACAAAGGCGACGUUGUCCGCGCGGCGGCCUUCUCCGCUGUCAAAUCCAUUCUCAAGCUUUUCCCUCCAGAAUCCAUUCGAAUCCUUUUCAGGCAUCUUGAAUCUAUCCUAGAAGCUGGUAAAUGGCGCGUCAAAGUGGGCGUCCUCGACGCAUUUAGAUCCUUCGUCACUUCUGCCAGAGAUGCUGUCGCUGCAGAAUUAGGGACGGUGCUUCCUAAGGUCGAGGCUGCAAUGCAUGACACUAAACAGGAGGCAACAAUUAAAUGCGCCACCUCUCUUUGUACCACCCUUGCCAACCCCGAUCUUGCUCCUCAUACCCCAAUGCUGGUGAAGUGUAUGGCAAAUCCAGAUUCUGUACCUGCUUGUAUCAAAGCUAUGUCAAGCACCACAUUUGUUGCGGAAGUCACUGCGCCCGCUCUGGCCGUUCUUGUUCCUCUUCUGCUUCGCGCACUCAAUGACAGAAGUAUGGAGGUUCAGCGACGUACCGUUGUUGUGGUCGAUAACUUGGUCAAGCUUGUACGUAACCCUCAGGUUGCUGCGGUCUACCUUAGCCCUUUGGUGGAAGGCGUAGAAAAGAUUGCAAAAGGCGCUGCAUUCCCAGAGGUCCGUGCUUUUGGGGAGACUGCUCUAGAAACUUUGCUCAAGUCUGGUGCCUCCUCGUCAGGGCCACCAGCUGAGCAUCGUGAUGUCGAGAAACAGACUGCUGAUGCACUCUCCCUGCUGGAUACUCUUUUGCCACAGAAACCGGCCGAUUAUUUGUCUCAAAAGCCAUAUUUGCCGGAGGAUUCAUUAAAAUUUGUCGCAUCUCUCGUUGCAGACCUAGUCCAUUCACGCAACUACAGCGACAAAGCAGUUUGGAAUCGAUGUGUAGCAACUUACAUGAAACCCUGGUUUGGUGAUGAGAAGGCCGCAGCCUUUACUGAAACCGUGCGUUCCGAUUUGCAUGCGAUAGAUAAGAGCAGGUACGCCGUAACCCAGGAGAGCUCGUCAGACGAGGGCGAAGUUUUAUGCGAUACGUUGUUCUCGUUAGCAUACGGAGCUCUCCUGCUCCUCUCACAUACCACACUUCGCCUCAUACGUGGCCGUCGUUAUGGUAUUCUUGGUACAAACGGGUCAGGGAAGUCCACCCUGAUGCGUCAGCUCCGUGAUGGUAAAGUAGAGAAUUUCCCCUCACAAGACCAACUUCGAUGUGUUAUGGUGGAGCAUUCUUUGCAGGGUGAGGAUGGGUCAUUGUCUGUUCUUGAUUUUAUUGCCGCAGACAAGGCGCUGCAGGGUGUGCCACGGUCCAAGAUUCGUGAUCAACUCACAGAGGUUGGGUUCGACGAUGCAAGGCAAGCUGACGUAGUCGGUGGCUUGUCAGGUGGCUGGAAGAUGAAGCUCGAGCUCGCCAGGGCCAUGCUUUACAACGCUGACCUGCUUCUCCUUGAUGAGCCAACGAAUCACUUGGAUCGUGCCUCUGUCAAGUGGCUUGAGGAAUAUUUGAAAUCUCAAAAAAAUGUGACCUGCUUGAUUAUCAGUCACGACUCUGGGUUCUUGGACAACACCACAACGGACAUCAUACAUUACGAAUCGAAGAAGUUGGUAUAUUAUCCUGGAAGUCUAUCUGCCUUCGUGGCGAAACAUCCAGAAGCAAAAUCAUACUAUACCCUCGCAGCUACAUCUGUCAAGUUUUCUUUUCCACCGCCUGGUUCCCUCAUGGGUGUUCGAAGUAACACGCGCGCAAUUCUCAAGCUCUCGGGCUGUACGUUCACAUAUCCAGGACGGAGUGCACCUAGUUUGCACAAUGUCAGCUGUGCCCUCUCCCUGUCAAGCCGAGUUGGGGUAGUAGGACCCAAUGGUGCUGGGAAAUCAACAUUAAUUAAGCUUCUCACUGGAGAAACCGUUCCUCAAGAAGGAACGGUUUAUAAACACCCCGCCUUGCGAGUUGGAUACGUCUCCCAACACGCAACCCACCACAUUGAUCGUCAUUUAGAGAAAACCCCGAUCGGUUAUAUUCAAUGGCGAUUCCAGGAUGGGCACGAUCGUGAACUUCUGGAAAAGGCCACUCGUGUUCUUACAGACGAGGAAAAGCUGCUUUUAGAACAAGAAUGGCUGGGCAAAGAUGGUAGCAAAAGGAAAUUGGAGAUGAUCAUGGGACGACAAAAACUGAAGAAAUCGUUCCGAUACGAAAUAAAAUGGCGAGGAUUGGAGCACAGGUACAACACCUGGGUUGGCCGUGAAGACCUUCUCGCGAAGGGAUUCACAAAGCUUGUCCAGCAGUUCGAUGAUCUCGAGUCCUCACGAGAGGGUGCAGGUUCACGUGAUACUUCAGCCCAUCUUGUCCGCAAGCAUUUGGAAGACAUUGGCCUUGAUGGAGAUAUUGCUCAGUAUAAUGAAAUUUCUGGGCUGUCCGGUGGUCAGAAAAUCAAGCUCGUUAUCGCUGCCUGUCUCUGGAACAACCCUCAGAUCUGCAUUCUCGACGAGCCGAGCAAUUUCUUAGAUAGGGAGGCUCUUGGUGGCCUUGCUGUGGCUAUUAAGGAAUGGAGUGGCGCUGUAGUCAUCAUUUCCCACAAUCACGAAUUCGUGUCCUCCCUCUGUCCAGAAAUAUGGAAUGUCGACAAUGGCCGCAUGAUUCAGCAAGGAAAGGCUGCGGUCAUUGAGGACGCUCUCCAAGAUGCGAAUGGGGCUGAGGAUGCAGGUGCAUUGAAACUUCCCGUGGUGAAGAAAAAGAAGAUGACAAGAAACCAGAUGAAGGCUCAGGAAGAGAGGAGGAGGCUGAGGAAGUUGCAGUGGUUGACCACUGGAGGGCCCAAACCAGAAGACACAGAUAGCGAUUAA